UCCGACAGGCUUCACACCAAGAGGUGCACUGCCUGAAGUCCAAAACCACUCAUCUCUAUUCCCCAAUCCUUCUUUGUAAAUCUGCCCUCCACAGUUUGAAGUUCGUACACAAGUGGAAUACUGCUUUCAUCUCAGUUGGAUACAUCACAUUCCUUUGAUAUGACUUUGUAAGUCCUCCAUAUAUGCAAUUGCCAACUGCUGAAAAUAGAGAAGGAGAAGAAAAGUAUCGCAGAUGUCAACAGUCACCAUUUUUAGAUCAACUGUUUGGCUUUACCGACCCCAUUGUUAAAAAGCAAUAUGAGCCCCCAGCACUGUAAACUUUUUGUCGGUAGAUUGAACGUAUACACCAACAGCAAUGGUCUGUGCAAGCAUUUCGAGAAGUAUGGUACGGUCAUCGACUGCACUGUCAUUGAAGAUAUGCACCUGCAGCGUUCCCGCUGUUUUGGCUUUGUAACCUACUCCACAAUGGAGGAGGCUGAAACGGCAAUAAAAUGUAGGCCGCACACCAUUGACGGCAAAACCGUUGAAGUGACUUGGGCCGUAGUGAGAGAGGACGCCAACAAACCAGAGGCCCUCGCAAAUGUAAAGAAAAUUUUCGUUGGGGGUCUGAAAGACGACAUUGAGGAGGAACAUCUGAUCAGCCAUUUUAGCCAGUAUGGUGACAUCGAGAAGGCCACAGUCAUCUCGGAUAAGGAUACAGGAAAGAAAAGGGGGUUUGGCUUUGUGCUGUUUGUCGAACAACAUGCAGCCGACAGGGCAAUUGCAGAGAAGUUCCACAACAUCAGUGGAUAUAAAGUUGAGGUCAAAAAAGCCCUGACCAAGCAUUUGAUUCAGGACACCUACAGAGGCAUGAUAGCAAUGGGCAGGUGGUCGGGUAGAGGUGUGAGGGUAAAUAAAAAUGGCUACAGUAGCAGGGACUACGGCACAAACUACAACUAUGGAAAUGGCGGAGGCUACAACUUUGGCAGCAGCUAUGGAGGAUUCCCUGGAUAUGAUGGAGGUUAUGGGGACCAGGAAAGUGGCUAUGGUGGUAGAAACUGCUUCGAGUUUGGCAGCGGGUAUGGCCAGCAUUCAUCUGGUUAUGGUCCCAUGAAGGGGUCCUUGGGCCCUCAGAGGAGCUCUGCUCCCUACAGCAGAUGCGUCUGGGCUGGUUACCCGAUGUGGCAUGCAGCAAGGAACAUGGGCUAGACCUGAGCCUGGGCCACUGUAAUGAGCCUCAGUCCCUCUGUCUGUCCACUCUUCCAGGAUUGCUCCCCAUGGCAUGACUUUUUAUUAUCAUUACAUUUUAAGCAAUUAGAUUAUAUUUUGUUUUCUGGAGUAAACCCACUGUGACUUCAAUGCUUGAGUUUGAGAAACCUUGUUAGUAAUGUGGUUUUAAAUUCAGCUAUUUAGUACGUAAUAGCAUGUAUUUGUAUUAUGAUUUACUUUGGUUAUGUGGCAAUUAGUUUACUUUGAUAGGUUUAAUUUUAAAUAAAACACGCCACUUGCU